AUGGCCACAGUUACGCUACAAGAUGGACGAGUCGAUUUCAAACUCCUCGGAACGAGACCGACAACCCCCGAGAAACCUGCUGUGAAGCCUGCAAUUGAAGCUUCUGUCGCGCCUAUCCCCGACCCGCCGCCCAAGCCUACGUUACGGCCUCUCGGUGAACCUGUUAGGGUGCGUGUGUUCAAGCCUCUCCCCGAGCCGUGGAUUGAACUGGAUUACCCCGACCCUCCGUCAAACCAUGUGUUGGAGCCUCUCGGUACACCUGUUGGGGCGCCUGUGUUUGACCCUCUCCCCGGGCCGUUGAUUGGACGGGCCCACCAUGUCCCUGCGCUUCUGUCAAAGCGCCAGCGGGCCAGGCACAGACAAACCCAGCGUGAGGCUGUGCAAUUGACCAAAAUGUCGCCCGACCCCGAGCUCAGCCUCGAAGAGGCCCCACCAAAUAAUACGCCGUCCCAGUUGCUCGCCCAGUCUUCAGGCCCAUCUGUCAGUCGAAAGCGAAAGGCCCCUCCAUCCGACAGAGACCCUGAUGAGAAUCCCCGUCCGUCGAAAAAAAGGAACACCGACAAAGCAAGUAGAAGGUACUGCUGGCAACUCGGUCACGACUUCAUCGGCUUCGUGUCGCUCACUACUGGAGAGAUGGCUUUAGAGUUUUCGAAGCACAUUCUGGAACAUGAUAUCCAGAAGGACGUUUGCAAAAGGCUUGUUUAUUUUUGUGAUGGGUCUUUACGCUGGCUCUGCGGUGCAGCCGGAGUUGUUUGGCCGCAAAGCUUCACUUCCUCCAAGUUUGAGGGAAAGGGAAUUUACUAUCCCUUUAGUAUUGACAGUACUGCGACCUUAGAACUUUUUGCGAUUGCCUCUACACUUGAGGCAGCAAUCAGUGACCUGGAAAAUCCACGGUCCAAUGUUGUGAGAGCUCUUGGCGUGAAGAAGACGUCUUUCCAAGGGAUUAAGGGGCAGACAAGGUCGCAUCUUCAUGAUAUGACGAAGGAGCUGUUUGUGUUUACGGACGACUUAUAUGCCCUUAGACGCAUCAGCGGGGAGCUGACAUACCCCGCUAAAGGAGACAUUGCGACCCAAUUAGCAACGAUAAGUGCUCAUGCGAAGACAUUGAAUGGACUUGGGGUCCACGUCGAGCUACACCUAAGCCCCGGGCAUUCUGCGGUGCCGGGGAACGAGGCAGCAGAUGCCAUGGCGAAACAGACGCAAAAGAAGCUCCUGUUUGCAACAAAGACGUGUUGGCCCACAGAUGGGCCAGCCCAGAGUGAGCUGACAACGGCUGCCCCGGCCAAGGCUACCAUUGUUUGCCUGUAG